UAUUCACCGAAAACCUUUUUGUUUAUGAGCGACGAGUAUCUUAUUGCUUUUUAUAGUUCAAUCUUCAAUUCCAUUUGCAACACUAAUCAUUUGCUGUAAUAUCGAAAAAAGAUCAUGUCAUCACAAACUGAAAGUUGUUUUCCAGUAUCCUGUUUUUUUUCCAAUUCAAAUUAAAUUUUAAAUCAAUAUUUGAAUUUCAUUUUUUUUAAUUUAAUCAUGGAAAACAGUGAUUUAGACAUAGAAUUCAUCUUAGGAAAGUUUUGCGACAAACAGCUUGUUUUGAAAUACUUUGCAAAUAUAAGAGAAAGUCUUCUAAUAAUUGAUAAACAUUCUGCCGUUGAUUCUCUAAGGAAAUUUCGAAAGUGUUUAUUAUUCUUUGAAAGCACUCAUAUGUUGAGUAGCGAUUAUUUAAUUGUGUAUGAUCAUGGUUCUGAUAAUAUUGAUAUUGAAACUGUCAAUGACAUGUUGCUGUCAAUACUAGAAAUUUUAUCUGAGCACAUUAUUUCAGUUAUAAAAAAAAUUGAAACUGACACUUCACAAGAGUUUUACAAUGGCCUGUUUGAAACUGUUGUCUUGUUAUUACGAAUUCUUUUAAAUCAUCGUAAAUCAGUGCAAUACCAUAAACUGCUAUUUGAAAAUUUAAGAUUAUACUUUAAUGAGUAUACAGUCGAAUGCGAAAAAUUUUCAAGUGAAAUUCAAAAUGAAGAAUUUUGCUUCUACAAUGCAACAUUACACUUUUUCUUGCAGAUUUUAAAAAUUAUUCCCAUUGAUUCACGCAAUAUUUAUGUUUCAAAUGAGGCUCUUAUAAAUACAGUACGCAUUUUCUGUUUAUCCGACCGUCAAACUAUGAAUUUCUUCAUAAGCUCCCUUUUGCCAUCAAUAUUAAAUGUUUCAGAUAAUGAGCUUAAAACUGGGAUAUUGUCAACUGUCUGGAACUUUAUUUCUUCUCAUUUUCCAUCUUGGGAGACCAAGCCUGGUAGAAUGUCCUGCCUCUAUAGUUUGCUUUGUUGUCUCUCUGAAUUUACUUUUCAAAUGGAUGAAGUUGGAGAUUGCUGUAUUUAUGAGGAUAGUAUGUUUUGGAAAUUAAUUCAAUGUGGUUUAUCCAGCAGUGAAUCUUAUAUGAGAAAGCAGUGCUUGUAUGUUUUCAAACUGCUCCUUGCAUUGCUUGAUAAAGAAAACAAAAAAAUUAAUGUACUUGAGGAUGGCAUACCAUUCUUUCAAUGGAGUUCUACAUGUAUCAGUAUUUGGGCAGAUGUAAUUACAUUGUUUGAAACUUUGGAAGAAAAACAGGUGCAUAUCAUCAAGCCUGUUCUGCCUAAAUUUGAGCGAUUAGUUUCUUUAACUGUUAAAGAAACCACAAGUUCUUUUGCCUUUACGUUGCACACUUCUUGGAUUAUAUGUAUUAUCAAGAGAAUGCUCAUUCAUGAAAGCAAGUACAUUACAAGAUGGAGUCUCACUACUGUUUUGAAUUUUAAUUUCAAGACCUGCCCGAUUCAAGUACAAAAUUCAAUGGUAUUUCUCAAAAUCACCAUUGAAGCUCUUAAUGAUCAAAAUUUAUAUAUUAGAAUUAUAUCUUCACAGUCAUGGUGUGGAGUUGCCUUGUUGCAUGUUAUUUCUGCACUGAGUACUGUUGAAAGUACUCCUGCUUGGAAUGGAACUGACUUGCAAUUUAUUAGGAAGCUUUUAAUCGAGAGUCAGGAAACACAAGAAUUAGCUUUCAAGUAUGCUUUGUGCCACUAUAUUGUGGAAUAUAACUUAGAAUCUUUUGAAAUCAGAAAAGUUGCUGUGAUAUUAACUGUUCUUUCAAAAUUAACAUUGCAAUCACCUUGUAGUGGUGAAAACAAUCAACUUUUGAAUUGUUCACUAAUAUUGGAUUCUUUAUUACCUACCUGUCUGUGCCUAUCAAGAAGACCAUAUAUGCCACUAACAAAAAUUUUAAAUAUUUUACAAUUGAUUACAUUCUUGCUGGAAGAAUCUCAAGAUGUAAGAAAAGAUAUGCAUAAUGAUAUCAUCAAAUGCUUUCAUAAUGUUUCUGAUAUUAUUGAGUUUAUAUACAAUAAUAUGUUUCUAACUAUAUCAGAUCCCACUGUUAUUUCUCAUAAUUAUAUUUUUCUGAAUGCUCUUAGAGCAUUUUCUAGGAUUGAAGAAUAUCGAAGUUCGUUUUUGAACCUCGUUAAAGAUUUUACUACGAAAUUCGACAAUCUUACUGAUGAAAAUUAUUUUAUAUUGCCUACACUUAUAUCUUUUUGGAAAAUCUUAAAUUUGCAUUCUAACUAUUUUCAUAGCAAAACAACCAGUGAUAGUUUAUCACUAAAACAUUUGAACAGUUUGAAUUUUCAUAUUGCAUCUAAUAUUAUUGCAAAGUAUGAUUUUAAUAAGAUUUUAUCAUGUACUACAUUUCAAAGCAAAGAGCAUAAGGAGGAAUGGAUAAAAAUUUUUAGGGAGUCUUUUAGUGACUUUUGGAUUGUUAUUCAUCAAGUUCUUGUACAUUUUACUCCUUCGGAAGUAUCUGAUAUAUUGCUUCCUCUUUCUGAGAAAGCAAAAAAGGGCUUCAAUGAAGGACCAGCAUCUGCUGUUGUGCCAAUCAUCAAGUGCUUAAAAGUAAUUGUGCCAAAUCUAGGGAAAACAUAUUUAGUAUACAUGGAAGAUUUAUUAGAUGUUUGUUGGAAAACAUGCCUUGAACUACGAGGAAACGAGAAAUUUCGUCCUGCUUUUAAAAGCUUUGUUGAGGUAAUUUUACAGCCUGAAAUGUUCCAGGAGAUAUUUUUUAAUAUUUUAUAUAAAUAUAUUGAAAACUUUAAGCAGCUUUCUGAAAAUUGUGCUGGAAUUUUUUAUAUUGCUGUUAAGCAGUUUUGUGUGACAUUUAAACUAGCUAACUUGAUGAAUCUGCAAUUUGAUUAUGUGCCAUUUUUGAGCUUUGCUUUAACAUAUGGACCUAUUCAUCACAAAGGUCAAAGAAUAUUAGAAGAAACCCUAGUUUACAUGGCAGAGCAUUGCAAUUUUGAUAUUGGUUCAUCUUAUGAUGUAAACAAACCAUUGUUUUUUGUACGAUUGACAACUAUUAUGUAUUUAUUGGAAAACUUGGCUGAAAUAUCAAAGAAAAAUGAGAAUAUUGCAAUCUUGAUGAUAAAUGAUUUGAUUGAUAUGGAUAAAAAAGUGGCAUUAUCUCGGUCAUCACGUUUUGCAAAUUCCUUCUGUCAUCGUCUCCGAAACAGAAUAUGGCAAAGUGUAAUGUUAUUACAAACAAGUUUAGUUAGUGAUGAAUUAAACCAAAACUUAGUUUUCACCAUUUUAGACAUAUUGAAUUCAGAAAAUCAACAGCCCUCUGUCAGAUGCCUCCAAGAAUGGAUUAUGAUAAGAAUUCUUAUAUCACAAAAAAUCUUCUUAAAGGUUUUCGUUGACUAUUUUGAAAAAUCAUCCGAAAAGCGGCCUAGUCACUUAAUAUCUUUACUUUCUAUUCUAAAUCAUGUUUUUCCUCAUGUAGAUGAAACAGAAUGGGCAUUAUUAAAAUGCUUUCCAGUUAUAAUUAGAUUUUGUAUGGCGCAAAAUUUCAAUGUCCGUUUGCAUGCAAGAUUGACGUUGAUGAACUGUAUUACUCUUUGUGAAAAAGAUAACAUAACUACCAUUCUUGAAAAAUAUGAUUAUCUUUCUGAAAUUAUGACAGCUGAAAACUCAUCUGAAUGUGGAAACUUUUCCAAAAAUUUGAAUAAACUAGCAAGUGAUUUCUAUUUUUCUGCAUUCCAUCCUGAAAAGCAUUUUUCUCUUGAAAGUAUUUUCUUUGAUAUACCACGACUGAAUAAUUUAACUUCCGAAGAGUUGAUAAAGCCCUCAUUUUUUAAAAGCUUUUCCAAGUUAACUGAAAAAAGUAAAAUUCCAUUUUACAAUGCCGAUGACAUUUUAAGAAGAAGCUCCCCUACAAUAUGGACCAGUAAACCAAUAGAGAAAAAUUUGUGUGAAAAUUCAGUUGUUGAUUUUAAUUUCCAGAAAAAAAUUUGUCCAUGGAAAGAUGGAUUGAAUCAACAGUUUGGAAAAUUGGAUAUAGGUGAUUCAAAUAGGAACACAGAAGAAGGUUUAAUUGUAAUAGCCUCAUUAAUUGAUAGAAUUCCUAAUUUAGGUGGACUUUGCCGCACAUGUGAAAUAUUUGGAGUAAAAGAAUUUGUUAUUGGAUGCAUGAAAUAUGUAGAAGAUAAGCAAUUUCAAAAUCUUGCAGUAUCAGCUGACAAAUGGGUUUUGAUAAAGGAAAUAAAAUCAUAUCAUUUAAAGGAAUAUUUAAUGUCUCUUAAAGAGAAAGGUUAUACAUUAAUUGGUGUGGAACAAACGGAUAACAGUAGAAAACUAACAAAAUAUGCAUUUCCAAAAAAUUCUGCACUUUUAUUAGGGCAUGAAAAAGAAGGACUUCCAGUAGAUUUAAUUCAAAUGCUUGACGUUUGUGUUGAGAUACCCCAACAUGGUGUCAUUAGAUCUUUAAAUGUUCAUGUCAGUGGCGCAAUAUUAAUAUGGGAAUAUGCUCGCCAGCAUCAUUUUAAUGUGUCUUAAGUGUAUAUUUUUAUGUUAACAUUUGAACCUUUUUUAUAUUUGUUUGUAACUUAUAUGUGCUAAAUAUUGGAUAUAUAUAUAUAUACACACUGAUGAGCCAAAACAUUAUCACCACCCAGUCAAUAAUGCAUUGUGCCACCUUUGGCCUGCAAAAUAGACCAACGGUGCAAGACGGGAGUAACUGUUCACAUGUAAAACGGCAAACCCUGACACGACCAUCCACGUGAUGAACAAGAAAUCGUGAUUCGUCGGACCAGACAACUAUCUUCUAGUCAUCCAGGGACCAGUCUCGGUGUUUUCGGGACCACUGUAGGCGUAGUUGGCGCUGAUGAUUGGUCAAUAGAGGCACACAAGUGGGACGCCUGCAGCGCAGUCCCAUAUCCAACGGUGCCCCCUGAACUGUAUGUUUGGAAACACUUUUACUCGCACCUGCAUUGUAUUGAGCUGUUAGUUGAUCAACUGUCUGCCUACAAAUUUACUUUACCAGGCAGCCUAGUCUGCAACGUCCCUUUGAUGACGCGUGGCCGUCCAAUACCUUUACGCCUACUGUUGGUUUCACCGUCUUUUUUCCACUUUGCAUAGGUACUAACAACGACAGAUCAUGAACAACCUACCAGCCUUGCAGUUUCUGAGAUACUCGUUUCAAGUCUUCGGGCCAUCACAAUCUGCCCUCUUUCAAAUUCACUAAGAUUGUUAUCCUUUCCCAUAACUUGCAAAAGAAAGUGCUCAAAUGAAGCCUUACCUUCUUCAGUGUCAGUUAUAUACCAAUUCCACGUCAUCCACGUCACGACGAAUUCUUUGAAAAAGUAAGGGGUGGU